AUGAGUGGCGUAGCACCGCUGGCAGCAGCAUCAGCACCAGCAUCAGUCUCAGUAUCAGUAUCAGCAUCAGCAUCAGCAAACUCGACAUCCUCCCUCUGCGUCCGCCCGAAACCUCCUUCGCACACUCUCACCACCACCGCAUUCCGCUCGCUCUCCGCCACCUCCACCACCGCUACCACAGCAGCAACGGCAGCCAAAUCCAGCCGUCUGCUGUACACGCUCCGCCCAUCCUCGCCCCCUAGGCAGCGCUCCCCUCCCCGUCUUCCCACGGCUGCUGCUGCUCUGUACAGCGCAGGGCAUGCCCUGGACGGCUCCCCUCGUCUCCGAUCCGCAGCUGCUGCCUCUGCUGCUGGCCGCAGCCUGUUCCUGGGACAGAGGAGCUUGAUCCUGGGUCAGCCUGGGAAAAGGUCUCCACCCACGUUGGACUUCAGAAGGCUUCGGAUCGCAAACGAGGCGGGACCAGCAGAGAGCGCGACAUCGGACGGCAAUGGCACUGCGCUGAGCCCCGCUGCGUCCCCCGAGGACACCAUUCAGGCGCUCAAGGCGUCCCUCGCCGCCGCAGAGGAGGCCGCAGCCAGCGCGCUGCAAGCCAAAGAGCUCGCUCUAGAAGCAGUCAACGUAGCGGAAUCAAAGGUCGAAGCCAUGUCCGCUCAGAUGGUCCUGACGACAGAGGAGGCGGUUAACGAAGUAGAGGCGGCGAAGGAGAAGUUUAAAGAGGAGGUAGCGAGGCUGCAGCGGGAGAAGGAGGAGGUGGAGCAGCAGCUGGCGCAGGCGAAGCAGGAGGGGAUUGAUCUCGCGAUGAAGGUGGAGCAGAUGGCGGCGCUGGCAGUGCAGGAGCAGACCCAGGCCGUGGCGGAAGACGCGCGGCUCAAGAUCGCCGCGGCUAAGGCGGAGGCGGCGGAUCUGGCGGCGCAGAUGGAGGAGAGGAUUAGGCUUGCUGCGGAUGAAGCUGCUGCUGCUGUGAUCGAGGAGGCGAAGGCGACGAUAGAGGACGCGAUAGCAGCGGCGGACAUCGCCAAGGAGCAGGCGAGAUCAGCAGAGGCGGCGCUGCAGGAGCGGCUGGACGUGCUGGACCGCCUGGGGCACGCGGAGGUGGCGCUCAUGCGCUCCGAGGAGCAGCGCUCGGCGCUGCAGCUGAAGCUGGAGCAGGCGGAGAGCGAGAAGGAGACCCUGCGCAUGGAGAUCAAGGCGGCCAUAGCGCGUGCGGAGGCAGCAGAGUCGCGCAUAGUGUCGACGCAGGCAGCGGUAGCGGAGAUCCAGGCGCUGGCGGAGAGAACGGCCAAGGAGAGAGAGGAGGGCACUGAGAGGGCGCUAGAGGCCAUGCGGCUGGCAUCGGAGGGCAGGGAGAAGGCGGCAGCACUGGCGUACAAGGCGGAGACGGAGAGUCUGAGGGCGGCAGCCAUGGCAGCACAGAAGGCGGACAAGGUCAAGGACCAGGCCGUGGCACGCCGCUUUGCCGCACUGCAGAGGAGCCUGGCGGCUGCGGAGGAGAGCACGAGGAAGUGGAGGGAACGGUGCCUGGCAGUGGAGGAGCUUUUCGCACUGGCCAAAUCGCGUGGGCUGGACCGGGUCAAGGAAUCCUCCUCCUCGCCUGCUGCUGCCCCUGCUAUUCCUGCUGCUGCUGCUGCGGCUGCACCUGUGGAGGCGGAGGUGGGCGAGGCGGUGGGGCGCGGGCGCAUGGACGUGAUGCUGGGGACGCAGUCGGAGAAGUGGCGCAUUCUGGCGGACGGGCCCCGGAGGGAGCGCCCCGAGUGGCUGCAGCGCAAGACGCUCACCACCACGCCGCUGCCGUCACUGCCCGUCUCUGUGGGGCUGGAGAACGUGCAGGCAGCCGUGCCGCUGCAGCUGCCCACGCCUGAUGACGUGUGGUCCAUCGCCCUGCACAAGGUGGCGGACGACAGGUUCACCAAGGAGGCGGAGGCACGCGAGGCGGAGGCAAAGGAGAUCGAGGAGAAGCGCAAGGAGCUGGAGCGCGCCCUGCAGCGCAAGGCGCCCAAGCGGAUUCGAUCACCCGAGGAGCUGGAGGAGAGCAAAGAGUCUGGCACGGGAAGUGGCCGCGAGGUUGUGAUCCAGGCGUUCAACUGGGAGAGCAACAAGCGCGACUGGUACCUGGAGCUCGCCCCCAGGGCUGCUGACCUGGCUGCCUGCGGCAUCACUGCUGUCUGGCUGCCGCCCCCCACGGAAUCUGUGUCACCCCAAGGGUACAUGCCGGUGGACCUGUACAACCUCAACUCUUGCUACGGCACCAAGGAGCAGCUGCAGUACUGCAUUGACGAGCUGCACAACCACGACCUCCUUGUGCUGGGAGACGUGGUGCUGAACCACCGCUGUGCGUCCAAGCAGAGCCCUGAGGGCAUUUGGAACAUCUUCGGUGGCAAGCUGGCAUGGGGACCCGAUGCCAUUGUCCGGGACGACCCCAACUUCCACGGCCGGGGCAACCCCAGCAGUGGCGACAUAUUCCAUGCGGCGCCCAACAUCGAUCACUCGCAGGACUUUGUGCGGAAGGACAUCUGCGAGUGGCUGCGCUGGCUGCGCGCCGAUGUGGGCUACGAUGGCUGGCGCCUGGACUUCGCCCGUGGGUUCUGGGGCGGGUAUGUGAAGGAGUACAUAGAGGCAUCGAGCCCCGCGUUCUGCAUUGGCGAGUACUGGGACAGCCUCAGCUACGAGGGCGGCACCGUCUCCUACAACCAGAACGCGCACAGGCAGCGCAUCAUCAACUGGAUCAACGCCACUGGAGGCACCUCCUCUGCUUUUGACGUCACCACCAAGGGCAUCCUGCAUGCAGCACUGCACAACGAGUAUUGGCGGCUGAUUGACCCACAGGGCAAGCCCCCUGGCGUCAUGGGGUGGUGGCCGUCUCGAGCCGUCACCUUCCUUGAGAACCACGACACCGGCUCCACUCAGGGCCACUGGCCCUUCCCACGUGACAAGCUCCUGCAGGGAUACGCCUACAUCCUCUCCCAUCCUGGCACGCCGGUGGUGUUCUACGAUCACCUGUACGAGUUUGGCAUCCACGAUCAAAUCGCCGAGCUGAUCGCCGCCCGGAAGCACGCGGGUGUGCACUGCCGGUCGCCAGUGAAGAUCUUCCAUGCAGUGGCGCAGGGGUAUGUGGCGCAGGUCGGGGAUAAUCUGGUGGUGAAGCUGGGCCACUUUGACUGGAACCCGUCACGGCAGAACGAUCUGAUGGGGCGGUGGGAGAAGUUUGUCGACAAGGGGAAUGAUUACAUUCUCUGGGAGAAAACGGGCACCCUGGGAUCUGCCAUUUUCAACCUCUCCAAUACCAUAAUUGGUGCCGGAAUCAUGGGACUUCCAGCGACCAUAAAGGUCCUGGGAAUUCCUCUUGGUCUGACAGUGCUGACCAUUAUGGGAGCAGUGAAUGAAUACUCACUCCAGCGGCUUCUCAGAAGCACAACUGCAGCUCAAGCGUGGUCCUUCGGCGAUCUCAUGGCUGCUACGUAUGGGAGAGUUGGAAGAUUUUUGCUCCGAACGAGCAUCUUUGUCAAUAACACAGGCAUCCUCGUCAUCUACCUUGUCAUCAUAGGGGAUGUGCUGUCUGGUUCGGACGGCGCAGAUGGAGAGCAUUACUCAGGGUUACUCGAGGAGUGGGCUGGAGGUUCCACGUGGUGGAACAGCCGUCUCACUGUGCUCCUCGCCUCAAUUGUCACUGUUAUUGGGCCUCUUGCGGCCCUUCCAGACAUAGACUCCCUAUGGUUCACAUCAGGACUAUCAGUCCUGCUAGCAGUUGCGUUCGUCAUCAUCACCAUCCUCGUUACUGUGUACAAGCUAGUUGAAGGGACCAUCGAUUGGUCUGGAGUGCACUGGCUUCCACAACUGAACACGUCGCAGGACUACUGGCACCUCCUCUCUGUCAUCCCCACCAUGACGACAGCCUUCACAUGCCAUUACAACAUGCAUCCUAUUCUGGUGGAGCUCAAGGCAUCUCGAGAAGAAAAGAUGCAGACUGCAAUUCAGAAGACAUUCCUUGUUUGCACGAGUGUAUACAUUGUGACAGCUCUUUUUGGUUACCUCCUUUUCGGUGAAGCGACCUAUGCUGACGUCCUUGCAAACUUCGACUCUGACCUUGGGAUUCCUGGAAGCCGCUACUUGAAUGACAUUGUCCGGCUAUUCUAUGCCCUUCACUUGAUGCUGGUUUUCCCUGUGAUUCACUUCUCGCUCCGGUCUACGGUUGGAUUCGUGCUGUUUCCACAUUCUGUCCCUCUCAAGCAUGAUCCUUGUGGAUAUAUGUUAACCACCGCUCUGCUGUUAGGGACCAUUCUGGCAGCUUCUCUUUAUGUCCCUGGGAUUCAGUCAGCAUUUGAGCUUGCAGGGUCAACAGGAGCCGCCACCAUCGCUUUCUGUCUCCCUGGGAUGGUGGCACUGAGGUAUGUCUUGAUGAUUUCCACAUUCCACACUGCUGCCAUUCUGACUCUUUUGGCUGAUGCAACAUCUUUCCGAAUGUUGUUGGUGCAGUGA